CAUUAAUAAUUCUCUCUCACACAAUACAUCAAACACAGUCUUGUGUGCUUUCUCUCUCUAGCCUUAUAGCCUGUCUUUUGCAUUUCUCAGAAGAUUUAAAAAAGAAUGGAAUUUGAUGCUUUCAAAGGUUCUGUAAUAAACUUCAAAUGUUUCCUUCUUCUCACUGAAGGAACUAUUGAAUCAAAGCCUUAAGCCUUUCAUCAUCUAUGCACCAUUAUCUUCCUUUGAUUUUGAGAAACUCUCUUGAAUCUUUGUUAGUUUUUGUUCAUUUCUUAUAUUAUCAAAUUGACAUAUCUGGGUUUAUCUUGUUUUCUCGUUUAGGAUCACUUUAGUUGUUUUACCUUAAUAUGAUCUUGGUAAAGCAGUCAUUUUUAGUCCAUUGCCUAGUCUUUAACAUGCGAAUUUGAUGCUUGUAGAAUUCAAACUAGGAUCUGGGUUGGUUGAAACAAACAAAGGAAAAGAUCAAAGGUUAAAAUCCUCAAAUUUUGAGACCCAUUACUGUUUGGAAAUUAAGGUAUUUAAAAAAUCACCCCUUUUUCUUUGCCUUGCAGCAGAGUAGAUUUGAUCCUUGGGGCUUUUUGGAAGAAGUAAAUAGUUGGUCUCUGUAAGUUCUAUAAAGCUGCCAAGAUUAUAUAUCAAGAGGCUAGUUUUGGUCAAAUCAACUUUCCGUCUUUGUUUUAUGUUCUUAGCACUGCUCUAGGUUAGCUGCUUGAGUGGUAGAUAGGCUGAUUUCCUUGGAAUUUGGGUGUUUUUUUUUUUGGCUUGGAAUCUAAGCAUGGCUAGUGGUGGUAAUGAUGAUGUGGGAUUUAAACACCAGAGCCUUAUGAAUUGUUCAUCUUCAGAGAUGAACCCUUUGUGUGACAAAGUUGAUGGAAUGUCAAUGAGUAGUUCAAUUUGCAUGUAUAACAAGCCUUGGAAUUCAUCGGAUCCUUUCUUCGGCUCUGGUUGGGAUCCCAUUGCUUCAUUGAGUCAGAGUGAAAGCCUUGUAGGUUCUUCAGUGGUUUCUCAUGGUGAAUUUGCCAAUUCUCAUUACCCUCUUCCGAUGGAGAAUCAGGGAAUUUUUGGGACUUCCCAUUUUUCCCAGUAUCAAUCAAAUCCGAGAUUUGUUGAGCUGGUUCCAAAGCUCCCAGGAUUUGGUAGUGGAAAUUUUUCGGAAAUGGUCAGUCCAAUGACUCUGCCACAAAGCAGCCAGGUUGCCAACAUCCAGGGUUUCCCAAGUUAUUCUCUGAACCAUGAUGGUGGCAUUGAAAGGGCUUCGACGAAUUGUACGCAAUCUCGUGAGGAUCGCCAAAUUUCAGAUGGAGUUGUAGGUGCUGCCUCCAAUGGAAAGUGUCGAAAACGAGUGCCUGAAUCAAGCCAGAAUGCGGACGUGGAGCGGCAGAAGGAUCCUUCGGGAGAGAGCUGUGAUGUUCCGAAAAGACAGGAUGCAAAGAAACUGAAAACCAAACAAGAAUCGGGUGCGAAUUCACGUGGCAAGCAAGUUGCAAAACAAGUUAAAGACGGUUCUCAAACUGGGGAAGGAGCUCCUAAAGAGAAUUACAUCCAUGUGAGAGCUAGAAGGGGGCAGGCUACUAACAGUCACAGCCUGGCAGAAAGGGUGAGAAGGGAAAAGAUAAGUGAGAGAAUGAGAUUUCUUCAAGAACUUGUACCAGGAUGCAAUAAGAUUACUGGGAAAGCUGUAAUGCUCGAUGAGAUUAUCAACUAUGUCCAGUCGCUGCAACGGCAGGUUGAGUUCUUGUCGAUGAAACUGGCCACCGUCAACCCAGAGUUAAACAUAGAUUUAGAGAGAAUUUUAUCCAAAGAUAUUCUUUAUUCACGAGGCGGAAGUGCAGCAGUUCUCGGAAUCGGUCCUGCGAUAAACUCAUCAUGCCCUUUCUCCUCUGGUAUCUUUCCUGGAACAAUUCCAGGCAUCCCAAGUACAAAUCCUCAAUUCCCUCCCUUGCCUCCUCAGACUGUACUAGACAACGAGCUUCGAAAUAUUCUUCAAAUGGGGUUCGACUCGAGUCCAGGCAUGGACAGUUUGGGACCAAAUGGUGGAUUAAAAUCUGGGCUUUGAUACGAGGAAGAAGUUGGAAUGAAAAUGCUUAGUUCCUGCUAACCAAGAAUUGAAAACGUUUCAAGUUGAGUGGACAAGAGAAUUGAAAAAGAAAAGAAAGGAUUAUUCAGAGGCGUGUAUAGUGGUUUUAAGUUCUAACUUGUAAGAUGAUGUGUAUAUUCAGGACCAAAGAUGAAGAUGAUGGGAUUCUUGGUUUUGCUAAAUGUGGUGUUCUCUAGGGGCUUUGAUGGAUUGCAAAA